AUAUAUAUAUAUAUAUAUAUAUAUAUAUAUAUAUAUAUAUAUAUAUAUAUAUAUAUACGAAACAGUUUGUCACAGCCCCUCGUUUGUUGUCCUCCUCUCUCUCUCUGCCUACAAGAAGCGAGUCUUAGGAAACGAACGUACUGAUGAGGGAAUAUUUCGCUGAGAUGGCUCGUGAGAGAAGGGUCAGACGGGAAAAAGAGGAGAUGAAGGAGCAGAAUCGAAGAGAGGAAGAAGCCAGAACUGUGAAAGAACGUAGGAGGUUACAGCGGGAGGAAGAGAGACAGCAGAGAGAAGCUGAACGGGGCGCGCGUUUGUUAAGAAUCAUCAAAGGCGAAUUGAUGAAAGAACCGGAAGGAAACCGUGAAAGUCAAGUACGGCGAGGAAAAAGAGUUGCGAGGGUUAACGAGUUUGGCGAAACUGUUGAGGAGGAGAAUGAACGUCUACGAAGAACCAUUGCUAAACAAGAGGAUGAAGGGACGGAUGUCGAGGACGAAGAAUUAAGGGUGCUAGGACUUCGGGCGGCAGAAUUAGAAAUUAAGGAGAAGAGAAAGAGAGGGCCGGAUUUGCCUAUAGGAAAUAGCCCUCCUAUGGCGGCACCAGAGAAGCGAUCGAACGUUAGGCUAUCCGAAGAAGCCAAGCGGGAUAUUGAAGAGUUCAGGACAACAUCGAACGGUGAGUGCGGACCAUCGGGGGUACCAAGAAAGAUAGAUCUAACAAUCAAGCACAUUAGCGCCUCAUGCAGAGUAGGGGGAAAGGAGAAAUACGAGGCCGAUUGUCGAGAGUUCUAUGAUGCGCUUACCGUUGAAGAGCUCAAGGAGGUUUGCCGUCAUGAAAAGAUUCCGUACGGGAAACACGAAGCCGCGAUCAGGAGGCUAGUGAUCCGAAGAUCCUCCGUCGCGUAUGAUCUUGCGUACAACACUGAAUUCGUGAAAACCUAACAAAACCACAAAACCUAACAUUUUCUAUAGAAUGAAAAAGUAAAAGUCAA